AUGACUGUCGAUGUGACGGUUAGGAGUGGCAUGACCAGUGAACAUUCGCUAUCGGCUUACAGCUCUCAGCCGAGUAAAACCACCCCGACUGGUACUCCGAACACGUUACCAACACUUCAACAGUUGCUUCAGGAACCAUAUCGCCCAGUUUACAUGAAUAAAGCUCGUUAUAUGGCUGUCACGAUGAUGACUGCUUUCUCGAAGUAUUCGUUCGAGGAACUUCGAUUGGCUUACUUCAGGGAUGCCAUUCUCAAAGAGUCGAUUAAAACGAGUCAAAGAGCAGAUGGA